AUAGGGACUUGUUUUAUAAAACCAAAAAAUACAGGGAGGUGUGUGAAAUUUACACUCCCCCACAAAAGGGGUUUAGGGUUUUAGGAACUACACAUCGCCUCAGUCAGUCCUAUAUACACUCACCUUCCUCGUUAGACACUUUUCACGAUCACAUUUCUAUCAAGACCGAAAAUUACUGACAAUCAUCAUGUGGGCUCUUCGCAGAGCUUCAUCUCGUUUCGGAAAUCAAGGGUUGAGCUCAGGGACUGCUCGAAUUUUCUGUGCGAAACCAGACAUAGCGAGAAGAAGCUUUUCCGAAAGUUACCAUGCUGGAGUUAUCGAGCCACAAGAAAAAAUAUUUGAUUGGUUUUUAACUUCCUCAAAAUUCUUUCACACAUCAUCCGGUUUCCAAAAGUCAACCAGAAACAUCCGUUCUUUUUCGUCCGGGGCCGAUGCUAAGAGCGCAGAGGAGGAGGAUGAUGAUCUCGCUAAGUCGGAUCUAUCUGAAGAGGAGGAUGGGACUACAGAUGAACUGCAGAAUGAGUUUGAAGCUUUAGGUGAUGAUGUUGCAGAAAAGAACUCGGCUGGAACAAAAGCUUCGUCAGAAAUGGCUAAGGCUAUUCUAAGCUCACCCACUGUGCCUGUGGGCAAGGUUCUGAAGGAAUGGCUUGAGGCAGGAAAUGAGCUGAACCAAACUGAAGCUACAUUAGCCAUGCUUCAACUUCGCAAAAGAAGAAUGUUCGGCAAGGCCUUGGAGCUGUCCGAGUGGCUCGAAUCCAAAGAAUGCUUCGAGCCCUCAAGCGCCACCUACGCCUCCCGAGUGGACCUAAUCGCCAAAGUUCGAGGACUCUACAAAGCCGAAGACUACAUCAACCAGAUUCCCGAAUCCUUCAAAAACGAGCAGGUCUAUCGAACCCUACUCGCUAACGCUGUCUCGGUCAACCACGUGAGGAAAGCCGAGGCCACAUUCAACAAGAUCAAAACUUUAGGCCUUCCCAUCUCGUGCUUCACCUGCAAUCAGCUCCUCCUUCUCUACAAACACAUCGACAGGAAGAAAGUAGCCGAUAUCCUUCAACUAAUGGAGAAAGAAAACAUAAAGCACUCUACCUUCACUUAUCAGAUCCUAAUCGACAUGAAGGGCCAAUUGCACGAUAUUCCUGCCAUGGAGCAGAUUUUAGCCCAGAUGAAAUCUGAUGGGCUCGAGCCCAAUACCCAGAUACAGGCCAUCAUGGCCCGCCACUACGCAGCCCAAGGGCUCAAAGACAAAGCCGAAGCCGUUUUGAAAGAGAUUGAAGGCGAAGAAGGGUUGGAUAAAAACCGAUGGGCCUGCCGUUGGCUUAUGCCCAUCUACGCCUCUCUCGGCCGAGAAGACGAAGUCGAGCGGAUAUGGAGAGUCUGCGAAAAGGACGACAACCCGCGCAUGCUCGAGUGCUUGACAGCUGUCGAGGCUUGGGGACAGCUGUCGAGGGUCGACAAAUCUGAGGAGGCUUUCGAGAAGCUCUGUGAAAAAGUGAAUAAGCCGAGCUCGAAGCACUAUGCGGCACUUCUCCGAGUUUACGCGAACAACAAAAUGCUCGAUAAAGGAAAAGAUCUCGUGAGGCGAAUGGGGGAGAACGGAUGCCAGCUGGGCCCCAGUACUUGGGAUUCGAUCGUGAGGCUGUAUCUUGGAGCUGGCGAGGUGGAGAAGGCUGACUAUGUUUUGACUAAGGCCGUGGAGCAGAAAAAAGGGAAGCCUUAUUUUGUGACUUUUUUGGCGAUAAUGGGAGGUUAUGCGGGGCGUGGUGAUGUUCACAACGCGGAGAAGGUUUUGAUGAUGAUGAAGCGUGCGGGUUACACGUCGAAGAUGAAGCCUUACCAGAUUCUUUUGGAGGCGUACGUGAAAGCGGGGAAAACGGCUUAUGGGAUGAACGAGAGGUUGAAGGCAGAAGGGAUUUACGUGAACGGGAAGAUGGCGGGACAGCUGGCGAAGGUGGACCCGUUUAGGAAGACGAACGUGUCGGAAUUGAUCGAGUGAGGACAGGUUCGGAUGGUUUUAUGGUUUUUUCUUUUUUUUGGUGUUUAUAUAUGGAUGAGACCUUCAGAUUUGAGAAUGGGAUGGAACUUGGAAGUUUUUCUUUAUCGCUGUGUUUGCUUUAAAGUGUGGAUGGUUUGGUGGUGAAUUCUCUCUGGUAGUAUGGUGACCUUUUGUGGAUCAAGUUAUUCCAUUUGGGAAUUUCAGUUUAGCAUUGAUUAUUGUAUGGCAAAAAUGCAUUUUUACUGUUUUAGUUAUAUUGUUGGUUUAAUGUAUAGCAAUUUUAGUCCUAAAUUCUCAAUUUUUUGUCUUUU